AUGUCAACAACGCAGGAUCGGUCUCCUCCGGAGGCCGACUCCCAGCAAACUGAAAAGAUUGACAAGGUCCAGCCCCCACCAACCAAAGAAUCUAAAGAACCCAAAGAAAAGAACGUCAAGAGUGAGGUGACCGAAGCAGCAAAACCGUCUAAACCUUCUGGUGCAGAAUUGAAAGCAAAGGCCAAAGCAGAGAAGGCCGCAAGACGAGCGCAAGCAAAGGUAUCGAAGGAAGUUGCCAAGGGUGAAGCUGCCGUAUCAUCGUCCCCAGGACAAUUAGGUCCAUCUGCUGGUGAAGUUAAGGGCGGCAAAGCAAAGGGGAAACAAGAUGGCGGUGCGACAACUACUCCAGCAGCAGGAAAACAGGCAGCGUCUAAGGGACCUGCACCUGUUGCUCUGACCGAGCCAAAAUUCACGAUUCCUGAAUGCUUCAGUCAUCUAUCCAUGGCUAAGAGAAUUCCGAUAACUCAAGCAGACAAGGACGUUCAUCCUACUGUUCUUGCAUUGGGUCAACAAAUGGCCACGUUCACGAUUGACGAGAGUAUCACACGACUAAAAGCAACACUACUAGCUUUCAAAAAGGUCAUCGAUUCAUACACUACCCCUCCCGGCAACACACUUGCAAGACAUCUAACUCCUCAUGUCUUGAACCCUCAGAUUGAAUAUCUUACCGCAUGUCGGCCUAUGUGCUUUUCCAUGGGAAAUGCGAUCCGUUGGCUCAAACUGCAAGUCAGCAAGAUUGAUCCAGAUGUUCCUGAACUGGAGGCCAAGAAACAGCUAUGCAAUAGCAUCGACACCUUCAUACAGGAGCGAAUCAGUAUGGCCGAUCUUGUCAUUACCGAGAAAGCCGUGGAGAAGAUCCAGAAUGGAGAUGUCAUAUUGACAUUUGGAUGGAGCAAUAUUAUUGAGCGCACCCUCCUCCAAGCCUGUUUGUUCGCGGAAAGGAAAUUCAGUGUUGUUGUUCUCGAUGAUCCGUAUGAGAAGAAGGGCCAGACGCUAGCAAAGAACUUGGCUGCAGCAGGAAUCAAGGUGUCUUAUUAUGGAGACUUUGGUGGCUUGAGAUGUCAUCUACAAGGUGUCAAUAAGAUCUUCGUCUCCGCUGAGUCCAUGUUCAACAACGGAUCCAUGUAUGCUCGUUCGGGAACUUGCGACCUUGCUAUCGCUGCAAAGCAGUUGGACAUACCAGUCCUUGUCCUUUGCGAGUCUAUCAACAUCACUGAGCGAGUUUCCACAGACUCCCUCACAUACAACGAGAUCGACCCCGAGCGAAGUUCAAGCGCUUCUUUUAGACUCUUAUAUGACACUACUCCGGACAAAUAUUUGUCACUUGUCAUCUCGGAGUUAGGAACCGUACAGCCUACGUCAGUACCGGAUUUACUACGUAAAUUAGAGGAGUCCAACUAG